GGAGGAGAAGGGGUUGUGCUCCUGGCCGAGCAAGGAGAAAGGGGCGGGGCUGGAGAGCAGCGAUCCGGGGUGCCGAGCUCCUGGGACCGGCGGGCGCGUGAGGGUCUGUGGCCUUUGCCGUCCCAGUGGCCGCCGCCGUCGCUUGGCUGCCGUCGGUCUGCGGGAGGCGGGUUAUGGCGGCGGCGGCAGUGGGAGCUGUGAAUGAAUUCUCCGGGUGGACGAGGGAAGAAGAAAGGCUCCGGCGGCCCCAGCAGCCCGGUGCCUCCCAGGCCUCCGCCCCACUGCCUGGCCUCCUCCCGCCCCGCCCCCAGGCCGGCCCCUUCGCCCCAAUCGCCGCAUAAGCGGAACCUGUACUACUUCUCCUACCCGCUGUUCGUAGGCUUCGCGCUGCUGCGUUUGGUCGCCUUCCACCUGGGGCUCCUCUUCGUGUGGCUCUGCCAGCGCUUCUCUCGCGCCCUCAUGGCCGCCAAGAGGAGCUCCGGGGCCGCGCCGGCGCCGGCCUCGGCCUCGCCCCCGGCGCCAGUGCCAGGCGGGGAGGCCGAGCGCGUCCGAGCCUUCCACAAGCAGGCCUUCGAGUACAUCUCCGUUGCUUUGCGCAUCGAUGAGGACGAGAAAGGACAAAAGGAGCAAGCUGUGGAAUGGUAUAAGAAAGGUAUUGAAGAACUAGAAAAAGGAAUAGCUGUCGUAGUUACAGGACAAGGUGAACAGUGUGAAAGAGCUAGACGCCUUCAAGCUAAAAUGAUGAAUAAUUUGGUUAUGGCCAAGGACCGUUUACAGCUAUUAGAGAAGCUGCAGCCAGUUUUGCAGUUUUCCAAGUCACAAACGGACGUCUAUAAUGACAGUACUAACUUGACAUGCCGCAAUGGACAUCUCCAGUCAGAAAGUGGAGCUGUUCCUAAAAGAAAGGAUCCCUUAACGCACACUAGUAAUUCACUGCCUCGUUCAAAAACAGUUAUGAAAACUGGAUCCACAGGUCUUUCAGGCCACCACAGAGCACCUAGCUGCAGUGGUUUAUCCUUGGUUUCUGGAGUGAGACAGGGACCUGGUCCUGCAACUGCCACUCAUAAGAGUACACCAAAAACAAAUAGAACAAAUAAACCUUCUACCCCUACAACUGCUGCUCGUAAAAAGAAAGACUUGAAGAACUUUAGGAAUGUGGACAGCAACCUUGCUAACCUUAUAAUGAACGAAAUUGUGGACAAUGGAACAGCUGUUAAAUUUGAUGAUAUAGCUGGUCAGGAGUUGGCAAAGCAAGCAUUGCAAGAAAUUGUUAUUCUUCCUUCUCUGAGGCCUGAGUUGUUCACAGGGCUUAGAGCUCCUGCCAGAGGACUGUUACUCUUUGGUCCACCUGGAAAUGGGAAAACAAUGCUGGCUAAAGCAGUAGCUGCAGAAUCUAAUGCAACCUUCUUUAAUAUAAGUGCUGCAAGUUUAACUUCAAAAUACGUGGGAGAAGGAGAGAAAUUGGUGAGAGCUCUUUUUGCUGUGGCUCGAGAACUUCAACCUUCUAUAAUUUUUAUAGAUGAAGUUGAUAGCCUUUUGUGUGAAAGAAGAGAAGGAGAACACGAUGCUAGUAGACGUCUAAAAACUGAAUUUCUAAUAGAAUUUGAUGGUGUACAAUCUGCUGGAGAUGACAGAGUGCUUGUAAUGGGUGCAACUAACAGGCCACAAGAGCUUGAUGAGGCUGUUCUCAGGCGUUUCACCAAACGGGUAUAUGUGUCUUUGCCAAAUGAGGAGACACGACUACUUUUAUUAAAAAAUCUGUUAUGUAAACAAGGAAGCCCAUUGACCCAAAAAGAACUAGCACAACUUGCUAGAAUGACCGAUGGAUACUCAGGAAGUGAUCUAACAGCUUUGGCAAAAGAUGCAGCACUGGGUCCUAUCCGAGAACUGAAACCAGAACAAGUGAAGAAUAUGUCUGCCAGUGAGAUGAGAAAUAUUCGAUUAUCUGACUUCACCGAAUCCUUAAAAAAGAUAAAACGCAGCGUGAGUCCUCAAACCUUAGAAGCAUACAUACGUUGGAACAAGGAUUUUGGAGAUACUACUGUUUAAGCCUGCAGAGCGUUUUACUUUCCAAGAGAGAAACAUACCACCUUCUAUGAAUAGUUAUCUGCUACAGAAACUCAGCCUAAGUUUACAGGACUUUUCAGAGUCUUACAGUUAUUUGUGCUCCCCAGAAGAUGAACCGUAAAAUAAAUUUAAAUAAAGUAUACAAUGUAAAUGGAAUAUUUUGUUUAAGGCCUUCUUGCCUUGAUGGUCACAGAUAUCCCGAUGGGCACUGUAAGUUAGAGCAGAACAAAAACUGAUUCUGGUCUUCUUUACCAAUAUAAUCAUAAUGUAAAUAAUAAUUUGUAUAUUAUGUUGCAGAUGAAAGUAUUCCAGAGACAGUGAAUGGUAGAAGACACAAGAGCCUUUGGUUGUAGAGCCUUUGGUUGUUUGUCUUCUGACAUCUUUUCUUAAAAUAGUAAUUUUUCCUAUUUUCCUUUCCUACUGUUGUCUUUACUACACUCUGGGUGAUUGGAAUGCCAAACACUCUGUUUCUUUUUUUUUUUUUUCUUUUUACAAAUUGUGUGCCAAAUGAAACUUUUUCCUAUGUAACAAUAGUAGGAAAAAAGUAUUUUGAAGGUUUUUUUCUUCUUCAUAAAUAUACAGACAUUAAACAAUGUGUCCUUUUCACUUUUUAUUUUUCUAUUACCUUUCUACCAAACAAUUUAGAAAGCAAUAUGAGAGCAACAAAACAAAUCUAGUGAAAUGGAGAAGGAGAAAUUUUGAAGUUUUCAGACACUCUGUCAUACAACAUGUAGAUCAAUCCUCCUGUGACCUGCGGUAUUUUUUUUCUAAUAUAUUUGUCAGAAAUCUAUUGUAGACUGUUAACUUAUUCCUAAUGGAAUUUAUUUUCUGUUAGAAUUCUAAUAUUUAAGAAAGCCAAUUUUAACUGCUGUAAAAGUGGUUUCUGUGCAAGAGAAGGGAAGUACCAGGAGCUAAGACAUUUCUAAUUUAUUGCUUAUUACUUUCUUACUGUUUAUAGGAUAAUUACAAGCCAGUGGAUUUACCAUGUUUUAUUCUUAAUAAUUAUUAAUCCCUCCAAUGAAACUUUAAAAAAAUUACUGAAUUUUUAUACACUGCAUACAUUUUAUAGGUUUCUUGUACUCACUUUGUUAACUAAAAAGUUUUAGUCUGUUAAUCUGCCUUUUGUUCCCCAAAAAUGUACAGUAAUUCUGUUUCUUGUUUGUAUAAGUAUGCCUGGGUUUUUAUUAUAAAAAUGUCAUUGUAGGAAGUAGAGACUCAUAUCAUGGCCUUUUAAAUAUUGUAAUAAAGGGAAAUAGAUAUUUGCCCUUAGUUUACUGGUUAAAAGUUUGUUUAUAGAAAUUUUCUUUGGUGCUUUUAUGUAAAAUGUCAUGGGUAGAAAUAAUAAUUUUGUAGUAACAAAUAUUUUUCAUUUAGGAAAAAUAUCUUUGGUUUAGAGAGAAUAUAUUAAAGUUAAAAACUUGCCCCCACUAGAUAAGAAUUUUACAAUGAAGACAUAACAUUCUUCUUAACUUUACUCUUUCUCAUCUUAAAGAUUUAUCUAAAUAUAGAAGAUGUAUGAUUUCUUAAGAUCAUGUGCUGUUUGUAACCAUAACUUAAAUCAUGUUUCUUCUAAUCAUAGAACUCCCUGGAUAAUAAAAAUGAGGGUUGAGAUAAAUAGAAAAAAAAUUUUUUAAGCCAGAACCAUACAUAUUUUUAGGUCAUGAGUAGUAUCUUUCUAAGGUCUCAAACACUAAACCAUCCAUUAUAAAAUACUGAUAAUGACAGAUGAUGAAAUAUACACGAUGACAAGAAUUAGGAACAUCCCAAAUUAAAACAUUUUCAAUAAAGCUCAUAAAAUUUCAUUUUUUCUUUUCAUUUAGAAAAAGAUUAACAUUAUUGAUACUUGGAUAACUGGUCAAUCGUAUUAAAAGUCUGUGUGCUUUAAACUCAACUUUUAAAACAUAAACUCCUUUAAAAUUACCAUAAAAUUAUCUGCAAUAAUUGAAUGUAGCUCACUUUUUAUUGGGAAAGGUUUUAGAUAACGAAGACUUCAAAUGUUAUAUAAAAGUCAAAUUAAUAUUGUCAUAAACAUUGAGUCAGAAUUAUAUUACUGUAUGAAUAUCCAUCCGUGUAUGGAAGUUUAAUUUCCUGAUGAGGUCUAAAAUUGAGCUUAGUGCUACAGAACUAUUUUCUUUGACUUAACUAUGACCAAGUUUUAUUUUAAGCUGUGUUUCUCUCAUGGAAGGGCCAUAAACAUAGAAUAAUUAUAUAGUAGGAUGUGUAAGGGAUUGGUUUGGUCUUUUUCAAUAAAGAUAGAAGUUGAGGUUUCCCGAAUUAGUAUUAGGCUUAGAUCGUGACCUUGUAGAUUUUGCACUGAGCUCUGUGUCAUGUUAUUUCGUAAAAGGUAAUGUUUAAACAUUAAACGUUAGUGUGCUGUUCAUGUUAAUAUGGCAGAGUUUUGUAAACUAAAUUAAAACUUACUGAUGUACUGGACUUUGAGCCAAGGGAAAGAAUCAGUACUAUCUUUCCAGAUAUCUUAAGGGUAAAAGCUUAUUCUAAGACAGUCUGCCAAUUGAGGUUAUUAGAUUUCUGACUUGCAAAUACACUUUGUGCUUGGGAAGAAUUGGAGGAAAAUCAGAUACUAGAAUUCUAAUUUAAGUAAAUAUACAGCAGUCCUUGUUUAUAGUGUAAAAUUGAUUAUAUUUUGUACAAAAACUAAUUCUUUUGGUAGAAUGAACCAUUUACAGUUUGUUUUUGGACUCUGAGUCAGAGGGUUUUCCUCUAAAUGCCUGUCUCAGUUUUACUCUGGUCUUUUGUACUUUUCUUCAGAAGAAAUGAAUUAAAAGGUUCAGCUGCAUAAGUGGGUUUUUAUCCUAAUGGAUUGGAAAUAAAUUAUAAACUUUAUUCUGCUUUUAAUUUUUUUAUUUGAAACUUUUUGAGAUUUCAGAGGUUGCAGUCUGGUAUUGAGCGAAUAGCUUUUAUUGGACUGACUCUCUUGCCAAUAAAAAUAUAAAGUCUGAACAAAGUAUAAAAAGCUAUGAUUAGAAGACUCUAGAAAGCAGUCAAAAACAGGCAAAAACAGCACAAAAUCAUAUACUAGAAGAGAUCCACAUUAACUAGCUUUUACCAUGAGGGCAAUUUCCACCUUGUGCAGUGUGCUUGGAAAUAGAAUUCAAGCAGAAUGUGACAGUCUUGCUGGGCUGAGGAGUCAUUUGGGGCUUCUAGAACAGCUUGAAAUUAGGAGGGAAAUUCUGAAAAGGAGAGAGCUUCAGAGAUCUAAUCCCCCAAAUCUGCUUGCAAAUUCUUUUCAAAUGCUUGGUGGAUUCCAAAAUUGUACCUGUGCAGUGUGAUAUUCAAAGGAACCCAGCAGAAAGCAAUAGUUGAAGUCCAAGGAAGUGGUAACAACGGCUGGGCGAAUACAGGGCGCAUAAGAGGGGUUUAGUAAACACUUCUGGUUUCCCACUGAAACCCAAAACGGGCCGUGGCUUAGGAGGAAGGACAACAUCCCAGAACUAAGGGCUGUACUUUAGGACUCUGGGCAAAAUGGGAAGAAACUCACUGAAACAAAGCUUAAAAUCAGGCUUUCACAGCAUCAAGGUUAUACAUUAGUAAGUUAACAGCUAGCCAGAAUAAAACAUUGUUUAGAAGAAAACAAAAUCCAGAGUCUUUACAACAUGUCAUUCACAAAGUCCAGUACAAAAUAAACCUUAAGCAUACAAAGAAAAAUUAUAUGAUCCGUAAUCAACAGAAUAUAGAAGCAGAUACAUAGAUGACCCUAUGUUGGAGUUAACAAAAUUAUUUUUUAACAGCUUUAAAAUACAUUUUAAAAUUUACAGGGGAAAAAAUGGUGGAUCAAAGGAUUGGGAUUCUUGGCAGAGGAAUAGAAACUGAAAACCAAAUGGAAAGUCUGGUGAUUAAAAAUUAGAAUCUGAAAUGAAACAUAUAGUGUCUAAAUUUAAAUAUUCACUAGAUGGGCUUAACAGUAAACUGGACAAGCAGAGGAAAGAAAAGUGGAAGACAGUACAAUUAUCAGACUGAAGCACAGAGAAAAAAAGAAACAGCAGAGAUUUGAGACCUGUGGGACAGUAUCAGUCUAAUGUACAGGUACUUUUGAGGUCCAGAGGAGGGGAAAGGAAGAGAAUGGGGCAAGAGAAACAUUUGAAGCAGUAAUGCCUGAAAUUUUCUCAAAAUUGUUGGAAAACAUCAACUUACAGGUCCAAGAAGUUCAGUGAAUUCCAAGCAGAAUAAAUGCAACAAAGAUCACAUCUGGGUGCAUAGUAUUGCAAAACACACACACAUGCACAAAACCAAACCAAAUCAAAAACAUCUCAAAAGCAGCCAGAGAGGGGAAAUGACAUUACACUUGAAUAAACAGUAAAAGUGGUGGCUAACUUCAUCAGAAACAAUGGAAUCCAGGAAAUGAUGAAAUGACAUUCUUAAAGUGCAAAAAUCAUACACUACUAUAUAAAAAACAGAUAAGGCCCUACUGUGUAGCACAGGGAACUAUAUUCAAUAUCUUGUAAUAACUUAAAAUGGAAAAGAAUC